AUGAACCAGGCAAGCAGCCGAUCCCAUUCUGUGCUGAUGCUGACUUUGGAGAGGAGGACAGACCAUUCCGUUGACCAGUCGUCCAAGCUGACGCUGGUGGACUUGGCAGGAUCCGAGCGCCAGGCAGACACAGGUGCCAGCGGUCGUACGCUGCAGGAAAGCGCAAGCAUCAACCAGUCGCUUUUUGUGUUGCGGAAGGUCAUCGCUGCUUUGGCCAAGCACCAGAGCAGACCCACUCAGAUGGCUCUGAUACCCUAUCGAGAAUCGAAACUCACGAUUCUGCUACGGGAUGCAUUAGGUGGCUCUGGCUACACAUUAAUGGUCGCUUGCUUGUCUGUGCUGGACUCUAGCGUUGACGAAAACCUGUCGACCUUGCAGUAUGCCUGUACAGCUGGCAGAAUACGAAAUCGGCCCGUGGUCAAUUUGGAUCCCACAUCCUUGCUGAUCAAGCAGCUUCAGGAGGAGAUUCAGAGGCUGAAGCGCCAGCUGGAGCUAUUUCAGAAGUACGUUCUUCACGUAACCGGAAAGCCGAUACCACUGCAGGUCCUUCAUGGGGGCUUGCAAAAUGUAGACAUGCCUGACAACUUGCCUGAGCUUGCUCGAGAAGCUUUGCCGGAUGAUCCUGGGGCGCACCCGGGUCCGAGAGGUCAGAGCAUUCCAGGCAUUUCGGGACCACUAUCAGGACCGCAGCAGAGCGCUCCGCUGGACAAUCAAAGCCAUUGGAAGCCAGCGACGCCCCGAGGGAAAGUCAAGGCAAUAACACCACCGCUUGCACCGAGCCGAGAGGCACAGUCACUGCCUGUGCAGUUUUCACAGUUUUCACAGGAUACAACGGCACAGGUGGCACAGCCGGCACAGGUGGCACAGCCGGCACAGCUUACAGAGCAAUCCAGAGGGGAAACCCAGAGGAGUUUGGACUCUGGCGAAGAAGCAAAAGCCGACGAGACCCUUGGCAUCAGCAAAGAGGAACUGGCCGAACGUCUCUCUGAAGCCAUCUCCUCUUUGCGCCAAGCCACCACAGAGAACUUCGCAAUCCGUCGAAAAUGUGAUGCAGCGCAGAUGGAAAAAGAAGCACUGCAACGACAAGUCAGCAGUUUGGAGAAGGAGCUGCUGCUGCAUAAGAAUACUCAAUAUACUCAGCAUUCCUCUCGCCUGGGAAGCGAUGACUGGUUUGGGGUGGACAGCCUGAUGCAGAUGUCUCCAGAGCUGAACGACGAAGUCACGGCGCUGACGACAAUGCGCGCUGCCGCCUUUUACGACCUCCUUCUGCUGAGAGAGGAGCUUUCUGCUGGCAGAGGUUGUGUGGCCGCGGGCUCCAAAGACCGGCAGAAAAGAAUCGGCUUCUUUGGGCAAUGCCGCACAUGCGCUUCACUAAAGAUCACUGAAUUCAAGUAG